AUGCUCCACAUCGAAGUUCCAUCUUACAACAUGAGGAAACACACUCUCGCCCUCUUCCUCCUGCUCCUCACCUUUGCCUCCCAUGGGGCAUGGUGCACAGCAGCUGCGAGAAGCGCCAUGGCCGAGGAUGCAGCUCAUCAUCAUCUGACGCCUCAUCACCAUGGCAAGAGGUUGCUGGAGAUACAGACUCCCAGGAAGGUUGGGCACGCGACAGGUGGAUCUGGAGGGGGCAGCAGCGGCGCCGGCAAGAGCGGUGGCGGCGGCACGGACACAAGGCCACACAACAGCAAGAAUGGCGGUGCCAUGGCGCUGCCAGCUCAAGCAACCUCCGUCCUGGCGCUGGUUUUCACCACUACCGUUCUUCUCUCGGCGCUCAGCUUCUGA